GACAAUCCAAAACUGGCAAAUAGUAAAGUUGGGAUUAUUAUGCAUCACAGUGAAAUGUGAGAUUAUUUUUGAAAGUCUGGUAUUAUUUUGGGAAAUAAAAUAUCUAUCCACUCCCUCCUUUGUCUAAUCUCCAUUCUCCCAAAACCUCCACAGCAUCUUUCCUUUCAGAGUAUUAAGAAAGUAAUAACCAAGAGAAGAGAUGUAUGGCGGGAAUGCCUCUUUUGAUAGCAACGCAGCCUUCUCAGGAGGCGGCUUCAUGCACUCUCAGGCAACUCAAACUACUAGUGAUCCUCCUUAUUCUGCAUCCAAGAGCCGAGAUACACAGUCAUUGCUUCCAUUGACAGUGAAGCAGAUAAUUGAUGCCGUCCAAACGAGUGAUGAUAAGAUAAAUUUUCUAGUAGAUGGUGUUGAUGUGAACAAUGUAAAACUAGUGGGAAUUGCGUUCAACAUAGCUGAUCGGGCAACUGAUAUUUCAUUCGCGCUAGAUGAUGGAACUGGACGUGUCGACUGCCACCGAUGGUUAAACGAACCAUUUGACAAGACAGAAAUGGGAGCCAUCUCAAAUGGGAUGUAUGUUAAAGUCCAUGGACACUUGAAGGGGUUUCAGGGCAAGAAACAGUUGAUGACUUACUCUGUCAGGCCCGUGGAGGAUUAUAACGAGAUUGCAUAUCACUUUGCUGAGGCUAUUUACGCUUUUUGCCACAACACGAAGUCGCGGAAGCUUCAAGAGGGUAGUGCUCAUAAUACUUUUUCUUCUUCUCACAUGCCAAGUUCAGCUAUGAACACACCUAUGAAGGGAUACCAAGUUUCCCAUCCAAAUUUUCAUGGGUACCCCAUGGAUAAAGUUACAGGUGUUGAAGAGAUGGUCUUGAACUACUUGCAGCAGCCCUCGUGCCUUGCACGAGAGAAAGGGGUUCACCGGAAUGAGCUUGCUGAAAAGCUAAAUAUUCCUCCCGAGAAGAUCUUAGGAGCAAUUGAAUCUUUGGAAUCAGAUGGGCUUGUUUACUCCACCAUAGAUGAGUGGCAUUACAAAUCCACAGGUAAUGGCUGAGAAGGCAAAGUGUUCUGUUUACUAGGAUUUUCUUUUCUCUAAGAAGCAUGUUUGUUAUUAUGCACUCUUGAACUAUGUGGCUUCUUAUGCUCUAAAAACCAUGGAUCCUUAAUGUUAGCGUUAUAUCUAUAGUUUCUUAUAU